AUGACCGGCGUCGUCGUCGCGACGGUGAUCAUGGUUGUGGUCGCCGCGUCAGCGGCGCUGGCUACGGCGGCGGCGGCGGGAAGAGGAGCGAGGGCGGCCGCUGAGGACGAAAGAGGCAACACGCCGGCGGGCCGCAGAGAGGUCACGUACGACGGCAGGGCGCUGAUCCUGGACGGCGCCAGGAGGAUGCUCUUCUCCGGCGACAUGCACUACCCUCGCAGCACGCCUGAGAUGUGGCCGGACCUCAUAGCAAAAGCCAAGAAAGGUGGCCUGGAUGUCAUUCAAACAUACGUCUUCUGGAACGCACACGAGCCUGUUCAAGGGCAGUUUAACUUCGAGGGAAGAUACGAUCUGGUGAAAUUCAUCAGAGAAAUCCAUGCUCAAGGUCUCUAUGUAAGCCUCAGAAUAGGUCCCUUCGUCGAGUCGGAGUGGAAAUACGGAGGCUUACCCUUUUGGUUACGUGGCAUCCCAGACAUUACAUUCAGGUCUGACAAUGAACCCUUCAAGAGGCAUAUGCAAAAGUUUGUUACCAAAAUAGUGAACCUGAUGAAGGAUGAAAGACUAUUCUACCCACAAGGAGGGCCCAUAAUCAUAUCACAGAUUGAAAAUGAAUAUAAGCUGGUUGAGGCUGCAUUUCAUUCAAAAGGGCCACCUUAUGUUCACUGGGCAGCGGCAAUGGCAGUAAAUCUGCAGACAGGUGUUCCAUGGAUGAUGUGUAAGCAGGAUGAUGCCCCAGAUCCAAUUGUCAGUGACUCAGUGGCCAUAUUUAUAGCAUUAUAUGCAAUGUUGAUGAUAUGGUUUAGAUUAAUACCUGCAAUGGGCUCAUCUGUGGGGAAACAUUUCCAGGGCCAAAUUCUCCAAACAAACCGGCUUUAUGGACAGAAAAUUGGACAUCUCGAUCAAAGAUAUAGGUCAGCAGCAGACCUUGCCUUUGCAGUAGCACUGUUUAUAGCAAGAAAGAAAGGGAGCUUUGUAAACUACUACAUGUACCAUGGUGGAACAAACUUUGGAAGGGUUGCAUCUUCCUAUGUUACAACAAGCUAUUAUGAUGGAGCCCCUCUUGAUGAAUAUGGAUUAAUAUGGCAACCGACAUGGGCUCAUCUCAGAGAACUGCAUGCUGCAGUAAAGCAAUCUGCAGAGACAUUACUUUGGGGAGCAUAUUCUAAUCAUUCAUUUGGUCAACAACAAGAGGGGCAUGUUUUUGCAACAGAUUCUGGGUGUGUGGCUUUCCUGGUAAACUUUGACAAGCAUAAGGUAUCAACCAUUCAAUUUGGUGAAGAGGUGUUCCAGCUAGCUCCUAAGUCAAUCAGUAUCCUCUCACAAUGCAGGGAACUAAUAUUUGAAACAGGCAAGAUAAAUGCUCAGCAUGGUUUAAGAACAGCACAAGUAGUGCAGCCUCUCAAUCAUGCUGAUAGGUGGAAAAUAUUCAAAGAACCAAUUCCUGCAGUACCAAGUAAAAUCUCACAUGUUGGAAACCAGCUAUGCGAACACAUGUCAACUACAAAAGAUGAAACAUAUUAUCUCUGGUACCUUGCCACGUACAACUAUAGGCGAAAUGGGAAUGACGACUUAGUGCUUAAUGUUGAGUCACAUGCACUUAUUUUACAUGCUUUCAUUAACAAUGAUCAUGUUGGAAGUGUGCACAGGAGUCAUGAUAAACCUGGCAACAUUGUUCUUAAUGCGGCUAUUUCACUAAGGGAAGGACAGAACUCCAUAUCACUGUUAUGCGUCAUGGUCGGUUCACCGGGCUCCGGCGCAUAUAUGGAGAGAAGAACCUUUGGAGUGCGAAAAGUGAGCAUAAAACGAAGGCAGCAGAGACCACAUUCCAUAAACAUUGAGCUGUGGAAACACCAAGUUGGCUUAUAUGGAGAAACAAAUAAAAUUUACACAUCUGAAGGAUCAUCUCAUGCAGAAUGGACUGCAGUUGACAAGUCCGUACAUCUACCGCUUAUCUGGUAUAAGGGAAAUGACCCUGUGACACUGAACCUAACUAGUAUGGGAAAGGGUGAAGUAUGGAUUAAUGGGCAGAGCAUUGGACAGUACUGGGUCUCCUUCAAAACCCCCAGUGGGAAACCUUCUCAAUCCAUGUACCAUAUACCUCGAAAUUUUCUAAAGACUGGAGAGAACCUCCUUGUACUUAUGGAGGAAAUUGGUGGCGACCCACUACAAAUAACAGUAAACAAAAUGUUCGUUACCAGAAUUUAUGGUACCGUCAGUGAGUUCUCUACCCCAUCCCUCUUGUCAAGCAAAAAUCAUCCAGCUGUUCACCUCCGGUGCCAGAAAGGCAAACACAUAACAGAUAUCGAAUUUGCAAGCUAUGGAAAUCCUAUCCAAGACUGCAGGGAUUCUGGACGGAGCUGCCAAGGAAGUUGCCAUGCAGAAAUGUCUGAAUUCGUUGUGAAGAAUGUAAAAUUCUGCCACCCCAGUGCUACAUUUGCAUCAACGCGGUAUAGUAUUGCCAAGAUGCUACAACAAAGCACAAAUUCCUAA